CGAGAAGAACAUGUUAUAUCAACAAUCGGCAUUUCCGGUAAAAUUUGCUGAGGAGGAAAGGAACUGUUUUGUUGUUGUCUACAAUUUCAGUUAUUAGAAACAAUUUAAGUGAAAUCUGAAUAUCCUGAGUCUGUAUUAAUUUGAAGCAAAUACGGGAAGAUGUCAGAAGAUUUGUUGAAACAGUUGGGCAGCUACAAAGCCCAGUUACAACAAGUGGAAGCUGCCUUAUCAACCGAUCCUGAGAACGAAGACCUUCUCAAAUUACAGAAAGACUUAUCGGAAGUCAUAGACUUGACAAAAGACCUCCUGACGUCGCAGCCCUCUGAAGGUACUGCUAGUGCCAACAGCUCCGAUGCAGCCCCCCUGAAACACAGCUGGAGCGUUGGGGACAGGUGUAUGACUGUGUGGAGUCAGGAUGGACAGGUGUAUGAGGCUGAGAUUGAGGAGAUAGACGGCGAGAACGGCACGGCGGCCAUUACCUUCUUCGGCUACGGGAACGCAGAGGUGGUGCCACUGCAGAACCUCAAACCUGCCGAGGAGGGCAAGCAUUCUGAGGAGGACGGGAAACCCAAGUCCAGGAAAGAGCAGAUAGCAGACCAGAGGGAGUACAAGAAGAAGAAGGCCCAGAAGAAGGUGCUGAGGAUGAAGGAGCUGGAACAGGAGCGAGAAGACCAGAAAUCCAAGUGGCAAAGUUUCAACAACAAGGCCUACAACAAGAACAAGAAAGGACAGGUGAAGAGGAGUAUAUUUGCAUCGCCGGAGAGCGUAAAUGGAAAGGUGGGAGUAGGAACAUGUGGCAUAGCAGACAAACCCAUGACCACGUAUCACGACACAUCCAAAUAUAACGUCAGGCAUCUCAUGCCACAGUGACCAAAAAUGUUUUCUUGGUGUUUAAAGUAUCCCAUUGUAUAGUAGGAGGAUCAGUGUUUACCAUUGUGUUUAUAUGGCUUAGGUUACUCAAGUAAAGGAGCUUUGAAACUAAUUGCUUACUCACCAUUGGUUGGCUCAUUGGAAUAUUGUUCUUACCGGUAUGUCAUAUAGAACAGCAGAAUUCUUAAUAAAAUAAAUUACCCCUGUAAUGGAUCAGCACAAAUAAGUGUACUCAAGUGUUUAGAUUGUGGUGACAUUUGUAUGGAUUGCUGUAUCUUUCUGAAUGCAACAAAGGCAAAAACUAUAAUAUGUGCAUGUUUCAAUGUUACACAUUUAUUAUAGCUUUUUCAGGGUGAACUGGGCUAUCUUAGACAUUUUUACUUUUUGCUGUUUAGUGGUAAUAACUCUUUUUAAAGCAUUUCCGUUUUGUACAUUUACAGUAAAACAAAUUGUCAUUUUUGUUGAGGUAAGAUGUCCCUCUCAUUUUGCCCUGAAAUUACAAGUAGGUUUCCAUAUUGGUACUGAAUGUUUAACAGUUCCUCCAGAUGGCAGUAAUGCAUUUUGUACCAUCUUUGUUUCCGUGACGUACAUCAAUGACCUUGUAUCACUGCUGGCGACGUAAGCUUUUCUUUUUCUCAAUUAAAAUCAGGGAUGAGUUGUGUA